CACUGGAAGUGGAUCAGCGCUCCGGACUCCUCCGGACUCGCGGCUUUGCAGCAUCUGUUUUGUCAAUCUGCGUUUCUCCUCUCAUCUCCCUAAACAUCCAACUUGAGGCGCUUGGCUUCCUGUCUCUUGUCUCCAGGUGGUAUUGGAACGCAUCUUUUUCUUUUCUUUUGUGUGUGCGUGUGUGUGUGUGUGUGUGUGUCGGGAAUAAAAUGUGCGCUGCCGGAUUCCAGCGCCUCCGUUUUCACACUUUAAUCCAACUGACGGACGUUUGGUUCCUUAUUCUCCGCGUAAAAAUAUUCCAGCGGACAUAAACCCGGAGCAGCCCCUUCUGUGGGAUUAUCCUUCUCUCAGACUGAUUGUAAACUUUGCUCGUGUUAGUUGUUCACUGGAUUACUCCUCACGUCUUCAGUCCCCCCCCCCAUUUCAUAUAUCGAGAGGAAUCCUGCAUCAUUUUUUUUGUUUGUUUGUUUUUAAAUCAUGCGGUUUGUUUUGAUUGGAUUUAAUCAACGGGAUGGGAAGCGUGACCCGCGGGAUUAUCUAUUAUUAUUUAAUCUGUUUUCCAGAGUUUUUCCUGUGUAAAUCACUGUUCAUCACCUGAUUCCACCCAACCUCAAACCUCACCACAAAAACAAUUUAAGCAUCCCCCAGCCCCAUAGACAUCAGAUUGUGGAACCAAUCCACUUUUUGUUUUUUCCUCCCUCAAACAUUCUCAGAUAUGUAGGUAGCCUACUAAAAGAAAUCCAAGGGAAACUUUGGGAACUGCCUGAAGGCACCCAGGCAGAAAAAGAACUGCAGCAAUUUCCACAAUAUUUGAUAGUUAAAUGGAUUUGGACCAACAGCAAACACAGGUACCCUGACAAGCAAAAAAGAAGAAAGAAAAUGUUAAAGACUUUUAAAAAGCUGUAGCUGGUGUAAAGGAUAAAGAACUCUGGAGUUACAAAGGUUUUAAGCCAAAAGAAACAUUUGGAAAGUUUCUGAAAGUCCUUUGUCCUCUGGAUGUUCCUGGGAAAAUCUGGAAGAGAUUUUUACACCGAGAAGUUUCCGCACAAGUGAAACUAAAACUCAGGGAGAGCCACAACAAGACCUGGCAGGGCGACCCUAAAGACUUCUCCCAGGAACCUGGAGAUCCCAAAGAGGUCAGGCUGCGGCGGACGUUGAGACUCGGACCCGACGUCCUGUCGGGACCAGCUGAAGGAAAACCAUGGGAACGCUGCGGGACCUGCAGUACGCUCUGCAGGAGAAGAUCGAGGAGCUGCGCCAGCGCGACGCCUUGAUCGACGAGCUGGAGCUGGAGCUGGACCAGAAGGACGAGCUGAUCCAGAGGCUGCAGAACGAGCUGGACAAGUACCGCUCGGUGAUCCGGCCCGCCACGGCUCAGCAGGUCCAGGCCCAGCAGAAGAACCUGGUGCUGCAGCCGGACCAGCACCGCAGCAAGAGGCAGGCCAUCUCCGCCGAACCCACGGCCUUCGACAUCAGCGAGCUGUGCCACGUCACGCUGCCGUUCUACCCCAAGAGCCCACAGUCAAAGGAGCUGAUAAAGGAAGCCAUCUUGGACAAUGACUUCAUGAAGAACCUGGAGCUCUCUCAGAUCCAGGAGAUUGUGGACUGCAUGUACCCGGUGGAUUAUGGGAAGGACGCCUGCAUCAUAAAGGAAGGAGAUGUAGGCUCAGUGGUGUUCGUCAUGGAAGAGGGGAAGGUGGAGGUGACCAAAGAGGGGAUGAAGCUGUGCACGAUGGGACCGGGGAAAGUUUUCGGAGAGCUGGCCAUCCUCUACAACUGCACCCGGACCGCCACUGUCAGGACUCUGAUCCAUGUGAAGUUGUGGGCCAUCGACCGGCAGUGCUUUCAGACCAUCAUGAUGAGAACCGGACUCAUCAAACACUCCGAGUACAUGGACUUCCUGAAGAGCGUUCCGACCUUCCAGGGUCUUUCAGAGGAAACCCUCAGUAAGCUGGCAGACGUCAUGGAGGAGACUCACUACGACGACGGAGAGUACAUCAUCCGACAAGGAGCACGAGGAGACACCUUCUUCAUCAUCAGCAAGGGGAAGGUGAACGUGACUAAGGGGGAUUCAGCCAAUCAGGAGGCCAUUCACCUGAGGGAGCUCGGAAGAGGGGACUGGUUUGGAGAGCGAGCGCUGCAGGGGGAAGACGUGAGAACAGCCAACGUCAUCGCUGUUGAGCCCGUCACCUGCCUGGUUAUCGACAGAGACUCAUUCAAGCACCUGAUUGGUGGACUGGACGACGUUUCAAAUAAAGUCUACGAGGACGCAGAAGCCAAGGCCAAGUACGAAGCCGAGAAUGCCUUCUUCUCCAGCCUAAAGCUCAAUGACUUCAACAUCAUUGAUACUCUGGGAGUUGGAGGCUUUGGAAGAGUUGAGCUGGUGCAGCUGAAGAACGAGGAGGCUAAAACAUUCGCCAUGAAGAUUCUGAAGAAGCGUCACAUCGUGGACACGAGGCAGCAGGAGCACAUCCGUGCAGAGAAGCAUAUCAUGACGGAAGCACACUCAGACUUCAUUGUCAGGUUGUACCGGACGUUUAAAGACAGUAAAUAUUUAUACAUGCUGUUGGAGGCGUGUCUGGGUGGAGAGCUGUGGACCAUACUGAGAGACAAAGGUUCGUUUGAUGACUCCACCACUAGGUUCUACACUGGCUGCGUGGUUGAAGCAUUCGCUUACUUGCAUGCCAAAGGCAUCAUCUACCGGGACCUGAAGCCUGAGAACCUGAUCCUGGACAGCCGAGGAUAUGCUAAGCUGGUGGAUUUUGGUUUUGCAAAGAAGAUUGGAUUCUGCAAGAAAACAUGGACGUUUUGUGGGACGCCGGAAUACGUUGCUCCAGAGAUCAUUUUGAAUAAGGGUCACGACGUGUCGGCCGACUACUGGUCUCUAGGGAUCCUGAUGUAUGAGCUGCUGACAGGCAGUCCUCCGUUCUCAGGUCCAGAUCCGAUGAAAACGUACAACAUCAUACUGAGAGGCAUUGACAUGAUUGAGUUCCCCAAGAAGAUCACCAAGAAUGCUGCCAACCUCAUCAAGAAGCUCUGCAGGGAUAGUCCAUCGGAGAGACUAGGAAAUCUGAAAAAUGGAGUGAAGGACAUCCAGAAACACAAGUGGUUCGAAGGAUUCAACUGGGAAGGACUGAAGAAAGGAACCCUAACUCCACCCAUCACACCCAAGGUGUCCUCUCCAAUCGACACCAGUAACUUUGACAGUUUUCCAGAAGACACGGAUGAGCCGCCGCCCGAUGACAACUCAGGAUGGGAUUAUGACUUCUAAACCGAGUCUGCAUCCUUGAGACGGUGUUAAAGUUGAAGACCCACCAGGUGAAGAAGCCAACUGUGGCCGGUUUGUGCGCAAUAUGAACUUGGGGCCAAAUGUAGAUGGAAACACAUGGAGAGAGGUUCUCUGAAAGAUCGAAGUGAUCCAGUGGAUCAGCUCUGUUCAUUCAAGAAGAGUUGAGCAAUGAAGCAGCUCAGUGUCCAGAGCUGGAGGUUUACGUCCCGUGGCUUUACUUUUUUUUUGGAUUCGCUUCUGGUUCUGGGAAGUCGCUGGGCAUGAUGAGCAGUUGAGCCAAAUAGACGGCUGCUGAAAUUUCCUAAGAAUCUGAGUUGUCUUUUAGGCUGCAGAGGAACUCUGAGGAAGUUCUUUCAUCACACGGACCAUAGAGGGCUUCUAUGAACCCACUUUGUUACUGCAAAUGAACCGAACCGGCUGCAAAUAUAGUGAUUCUUGAGUUUAUGUCAAAAAGUGCCAGUUCUUAGCAUCUCUUUCAGCUUUUAAAAAUCCCACCAGAAGGCUGACAGAACUUGAAUCACCGUCUGCUUCCUCUGAAAUGUGAAAGACGUUAUUCACAAUAUAUCUUCUCACCUGGAGAUCUUGUUUUCUUCUUCUUUUUUUAAAAAAGGUUUGGGUUAUAAAUAAGGUUUAGUUUGCUUUUCUUGGGAUGUAUAAUUAGUUUAAUUGAGCAACUCUAAUAUAUAAGCAAAUAAAUGUUUUAAAUACUAACAUAUUUUAUUAUUUUAAAAUUAUGUUUGUGUUUAAAUGACAUUACUUUAUAUAUAAUUUAUUUAUUAAAUUCAGUAAAUUUAAAUAAAAAAGAGAUUCAGAACAUUAAAUGUCUCAUAGGUUGGUUCUCAAGCAUUUCAGAGGAAUUAUAGUGUUUGCUGCCAUCUGGUGGGUAAAUGUUGCUAUUGUAGUUCUCUAAUGGUGCUGAGAAAACUUUAAAAUCAUAGUUUUUUUUGCCCGUUGUGCCUAAAUGUGAUGUGUGGAUUAUGUAACAGCAAGCAGCCCUCUCACUUUAAACUGAAAAGAGCUAAACUCUUGGAAUCCUUCUUCCAUUCUGUAGACACUUCAAUCUACUCGGUUGGCUGUAGUUUUCACUUUGUGCCACUAGAUGUCUAUGUUUACAAAACUCUGUACCUUUAACUCGUAUUGCUUCCUUACACAGAUGCUGCUGCAGAUUGAAAUUAGCUCUGAAAUUGAUGACAAAUGAUGACAAGGUUUGCUCUCUCUCUCUGAUCAAUCAGUUCCUUAUUCAUCCACUAAAUAAGCUCUAUGGGUUUUUUUUGUUGAUUUUUUUAAAGGAAAGUCAAACAAUUCCACUUCAAAUCAGACUUAAAUGUCAACUUUCUUCAUUAAGCUUAAAAUCAUGGUUGAAAAAGCCGUGGCUGCAGCAAAAUAAGCGAUUACGUGCAGGAGCUUUGCAUGCUAACACAGUUUAUAUGAAAUAGUUUCAACAAUUGUGCAAUUUUGAUGUUCCAUUCCUCAAACGAGGAUAUCUGAUCUCUGUAUUUUGUGCUGUUUUUAAAAGAGUGAACACCUGUAUGUAUUUUGUAUGAAGCUUUUGUAUCAUCAGUCAGACUUUGCUGGAAUAUUUUUGUAAAACAAUCAGUUGCGUGACGUCUCUGCAUGACGACAGUGGUAACGGUGUGUGGUUUGCUCCUCCAGAGGGCAUGGUAGGGGUCAAUCAGUACAAUCAAAAUGUUAUGACUUUUAUUUUUUUUCAUAAAAGUCAAAUAUAAAGAUAGGUUCCUUUUUAUGUGCUUUCAGUCAGCCAGCAUGAGGUUUUAGAGGCACUGACAUGAUAAAAUCACGUGUUUAUCAAUGUCACUGAAGUCAUGUUGGAACAUUAAAGUUUAGUUUUGGACCACAAGGAAAAAAAUGUGUAUAUUUAAGUGAUGCUAUUUUGUGUUUAUUGGUGAUUUAUUUGUAUAUUAAGAAAUAUGUUCCUAUAGUUUCUAUAUUUAACAUUUAUCCUACAAUUGUGUUUUAAAAAUAAAAGGUUCCAGAAUAAA